UAGAAAUUCAAUGUCAAACACUUGGAAAAAAGGAGACCUUUUAAAAGGACACGCGUCGUUCAGAAAAACUGACACGGCACCGUUUCGUGGGUUGUCCACGUCACGCCUUUACUUAUAUAUAUAAGAAAUUCGCAGCGGCAGAAUCCCUCAAAAAAUUGACCCGAUACGUUGUUCUGCGAGAGAUCCCGUCUUUCUAUACGUAUAUACAAAUACAAAUCUGUAUCUAUUCACACACUAUUACAUUAUUGAGCCCCAGUUCCCCCAAAUCGAAAACCCUAGCGACCACCGAGAUUACCAAAAGAACCCGAAUUUUCAGCCCCAUUGCAUUAGGAAUUUGGGGAUUUUCAUUUUAUUUUUGGUUCUUGCUCUCAGUUUUUUUUUUUUUUUUUUAAUAACAUCCGCUCGUUAGAAAUUAUGGUUGAGAUUUGCAAUGGAGGGCAGUAGAGUAAUUAUCGACAAUGGCGAUGCUGGCAGAGAGAAUUGCAGCUCCGGCGACGGACGGCCGCCCAUUCCCAACUCACUAGGCGGACGAACCGUGUACCGACACUGCUUGAAUUCUGAUGGCGCGCCGCCGUCUUUGUGUACGAAGUCUCUUGUUCGGCACUCCUCUUUGCAGGUGAAGAUCAGGUCCUCGGAUAUCUCAAUUGGGACAAUAUUGAGUGGAGAUGACAGUGUUGCUGAAUUUAUGCCCCUGCUUCGGUCAGGUGCUUGGACAGACAUUGGUUCUCGUUCAAGCAUGGAGGAUGUAUACAUUUGUACAGACAAUUUGAUGCAUGAUUAUGGGUCAAAUAUCUCCAACCACAAGCCUACCGCAUUUUAUGGGGUUUUUGAUGGACAUGGAGGAAAACAUGCUGCUGACUUUGCAUGCUACCAUUUACCCAGAUUCAUUCUUGAGGACGGAAAUUUUCCUCAGGAGAUCGAGAGCGUAAUAUCAACAGCAUUUCUACAGACCGACACUGCUUUUGCAGAAGCUUGUUCCUUGGAUGCAGAUCUCGCCUCUGGCACCACUGCUUUAACAGCUUUGGUUAUCGGAAGCUCUCUGGUGGUGGCAAAUGCUGGAGACUGCAGAGCAGUGCUUUGCCGAGGGGGUAAAGCGAUUGAAAUGUCGAGAGAUCACAAGCCUCUUUGUUUAAGAGAGAGAAGGCGAAUAGAAGCUUCCGGAGGUUACGUGUACGACGGUUACCUAAACGGACAAAUAAACGUAGCUCGUGCUUUAGGAGACUGGCAUAUGGAGGGGCUAAAAGGUCAAGAUGGUGGGCCCCUCACUGCAGAGCCAGAACUUAUGAGCACAAGACUAACAAAAGAAGACGAGUUUUUAAUCAUAGGCUGUGAUGGUCUAUGGGAUGUUUUUAUGAGCCAGAAUGCAGUGGAUUUUGCCCGAAGGAGGCUUCAAGAGCAUAAUGACCCGAUUAGGUGUAGUAAAGAUCUUGUUGACGAGGCUUUGAAGAGGAAAAGUGGGGACAAUUUAUCGGUGGUGGUUGUCUGUUUUCAGACAGAGCCGCCGCCUAGGUUGGUUGCUCCUCGUGGAAGAGUACAGCGGAGCGUUUCUGCUGAAGGGUUGAAGGAGUUGCAGAGCUUCUUGGAUGACUUGGCUAGUUAAGAUGGGAGGUUUAAUUAAUGUUCGAUCUCUUUUCUUGCAUCUGCACCUCAAUUUUUUUCUUUUCUGUUUUCUCUUUGAUCAUUAUUUAUUGGUCUGGCUUGAGAUUUUGAGAGGAUUUAAUUCCUAGUUGUAAAAUAUCCGGAGGGGGUUCAGUUUCGCAUUUUCUAGGGUUUUUUUUUUCCGUGUAUUUUGUUAGUUAUUUAUCGGGCCUAGUUGCCGUUAGAUUUGAACUAAUGUAACCAUUAACUUGGAUAUAUAGAGAGAGCAUUAUGUUCUUUUA